GCUGCUGCAUGUCUGGGAACCUCGCAGUCCUGCCCAUCACUCUCGCUGUCUGGAGCUGCGGGAGUAACCGGUCGCUGCGGAAGGAGCGGCAGUGUGUGGGCUUCACGCCGUUUGCUGGAAUUUCAACCCACUGACUUCUGUCCUAUUCCUCGCAGCGUCUCCCCACUGCCAACCCAGUGGUCCACCAACGCCACCAAUGGAACUGAAUCUGCGGCUCUGAUUCGGAAGCCUCAUACCAGCACAGUCUCCGGGAGGCAAGGCAAGACACAGCAUUCCUCAAGGCCGUCGGCUGUUCAUACGCGGUAGAGAUGGGUACGGCACUGUCAAUAUCUCCAACAUCAAGGAAGGCGGCCAUCCUGGAUGAGAAGACGGAGAAGGCGCAGGUGGCGAAUGGCAAACCGGAGAAAAGCCUUAAACGACAUUCCGUAAUAAUAUCAGCGCUCACCUGGAAGAGACUGGUGGCCGCUUCGGCCAAGAAAAAGAGCACGAAGAAGGUUAACCCGAACCCCCCGCCGACGCAGACCAGCAACAACCCAGUCGAGAAGCUAAAUAAUGAAAAUCUAAAGAAAUCACAGCAGUCUGGUGCCGACCGGAAGGGGUCUCAUCGGGAUCAGAAGGCAGUGCCGCUCGCGGUACCGGUGCCGACGGUUCCAACCCAGAGCCUGCAUUCCAGUCAAACCCAGAAUGUCUCACAGAACGGAAAACAGCUCGUAUCGGUCAAAAAACAACCUAGCAGCCGCUCUCUCCUUUCCCCAAGACGGGUUAUUGUGCAGGCGUCAACCGGGGAGCUGUUGCGCUGUCUGAGCGAAUUCAUAUGUCGGAGGUGCUUUAAACUCAAGGAGUUAAGCCCCAACGAGAUCAUCCUAUGGUUCCGAAACGUGGACCGGUCUCUGCUGAUUCAGGGCUGGCAGGACCAAGGAUUCAUUACACCCGCUAACCUGGUGUUCGUUUACCUGCUGUGCAAAGAAGCGGUGACCGACGACAUCGACAGCGAAUACGAACUUCAAGCCACCUUCCUGACCUGCCUCUACUUGGCUUACUCGUACAUGGGUAACGAGAUUUCCUAUCCACUGAAACCCUUUCUUGUAGAAACCAACAAGGAUCUCUUCUGGGAGCGAUCUCUAAAAGUCAUUGAUAAAAUGAGUGCCAAAAUGCUGCAGAUCAAUUCAGACCCGCAUUUCUUCACCGAGGUAUUCCAAGAUCUCAAAAACGAAGGGGAGUCAAGGGACACGAACGGCAAAUGGACAAAUAAUCUGGACCGUUAAGACAAACGGAUGGAUGUAUCUCAUCACCCGUUGUGAAAGGGUGGUUGAAUGUAGGGUCCAGGUGUGAACAUUAAAGGUAACAUGCACUAUAGCCGGUGAAUCAAAGCAGACUUUGGAUGUCCCUUUUACCGAUAAGAUAUGUCUCGUGUCGUUACAGUGUAAAAUAAUAUCACGUGCUACUGUGAAUCACAGUACAUUAGGGUUCGAUUAAGGGGCAGUCCAUUAGUCUAAAUGCAUGCCUAAAGUAUUCUAAUUGUUCUUUCCUUGUAGCUUUUAAAAGGGUUGGGUGGAGCAGGGUCACAAUGGCGAAAUGAUUAUGUUAGCUAAUUUGCCAAUGUUUAGGUAAUUUAUUUAGAUAUUUAGAUUUCGAGGACUAAGGCCUAAGGAGCUGUGGCGUUAGGACACUGAGCGUGGAGCUAUCCAAGGUGCUGGCCUUCAACAGACAGUUUGCACAUGUAGUGUGUGGAACCUCGAUAUCUAUUUCAACUUUGAAUGUAUACAUUUACAGCGACAGAAAAAAGUAACUCUACCGUCUUAUGUGCCAAUUGUUAUAGUAUAAAACGUAUUGUUUUAUAUCGUAUAUUUAAAACUAAAUACAUGAACACGAAUUUUAUUCGAAUCCCUGUAUUUGCAUUUUAAAUGAUUUUCCAUUUUUUAUUUUUUGUUGAAAAAAAAAGGAACUAAAGACAGCCAAUGCAACUGGUUUUUGUUGAAUGUGAAUACCGCAUCUGCUCCCUCGGUGUACAUCACCUGGCAAAGCUGGCAGUUUCCCUCGCGUGAUAGUACAAUGAAAUCUUGAACCUCAUGAUAUUUCAUUAAUUUUAGAACCGUGCUGCUGUUUUAUAAUUUAUUAAACGUCAGUAAAGGGAGAUAAACUUUGACGGUCGUUUCUCCUUUUCCGUAGUCACCAAUUACGGCAGUCUUAACAUGAAGAAUCGUUCAAUGUGAGGCGCUUUCUGGAAGGUUUCCAGCGCUGUUUAUGUGUUAGUAAAGUUCAACAGCAAAUUUUAACACGUGAAGUUGUGAAACAGGCGGAGAGAAAAGAUUUGUGUCGUUAUGUCAGACUAUACGCAAGUGCUUAAAACGACAAAAGGUCAUGCUCUUUUAACCUUAAUCCUUUAAUUAAAUCGACAAAAAUUGGUUGCGUUUCCUUUCACUUUUGUUGGGCAGUCGAAUGUACAGCCGAAUCUAUCUGCUGGGAGUUUUAUUGUAACGCUGUUUCACCACACACGGUUUUUGUACACUGUGUCUAAGCAUAGCAUUUUAGAGCAAAUAUUUUCACUUGAGGAAAAACAUGUAGCGCAGUCAUUUCUGAUUUUUUCACACAUAUACGCAGGUACAUUGGUGUACUGUCAAUUGUGAACAAUGUUCAGAUUUAAAGGUAAACGUAAAACCAACUGGUGGAUCAAUAAAAUUGAACAC